AUGGAUCCGGAGAAGGCUGUCAAGGAGCAGGGGCCUACAGACCCUUAUGUCUCCCCGGGCAUCGACGUCGAAGAGGCAAAGAAUACUUUUAAUGAGCUCGCUCGUCAACUCUCCAGACAAUCUCAGUCUAGACCUGCUUCGUCAACCUCUACCGCAAAUGCCAACCUCGAUCCAGAGAAAGGCGGAAGCGAUGUGGACGAAACUUUCGAUCUUCGCGAGUACCUCACCUCGUCCAACGACGCGAACCAGCAAGCUGGCAUCAAGCAUAAGCACGUUGGUGUCACAUGGGAGGAUAUGGAGGUCAAGGUGGUCGGAGGUGCAGAUGCCAAGUUCUAUAUCCCUACAUUCGGAGACGCCGUAAUCAAUUUCUUCUUGUCUCCGAUAUGGUGGAUUAUGGGUUUCAUUACUGUCUAUAUGUUUCCGAACAAAACAGUUCCGACUCGGCCUAUUUUACACAAAUCGUCUGGCGUUCUUAAGCCUGGGGAAAUGUGCUUGGUUCUUGGCUGCCCUGGGUCUGGUUGCACAACGUUCCUGAAGGCUAUCGCAAACCAACGCGAGGACUACGCCGCUGUCGAGGGUGACGUUCGUUACGCCGGUAUUGAUGCGAAGGAGAUGGCCAAACUUUACAAGGGCGAAGUUGUCUACAAUCAAGAGGAUGACAUUCAUAUUGCAACCUUGACUGUGGCUCAGACCCUCGGUUUUGCACUCUCGACGAAAACCCCUGGUCCCAAAGGCCGUCUACCGGGUGUCUCAAGAAAGGAAUUUGAUUCUCAGGUCCAGGAGGCUCUUUUAAAGAUGCUGAACAUUUCCCAUACUCAUCAAACCUUGGUUGGCGACGAGUUCGUCCGCGGUGUUUCUGGCGGUGAGCGUAAGCGUGUCAGCAUUGCUGAGAUGAUGGCUACCCGCGCUCGUGUACAAUGCUGGGAUAAUUCGACUCGCGGUCUAGAUGCUUCCACCGCGCUCGAUUUCGCGAAGAGUUUGCGUGUUAUGACUGACGUACUUGGCCAGACCGUCUUCGUGACUUUAUACCAGGCUGGCGAAGGUAUCUACGACCAGUUCGAUAAGGUUCUCGUGCUCGACGAGGGACGACAGGUCUUCUUUGGUCCGCCGUCUGAGGCUCGCAAGUACUUUGAAGAUUUGGGCUACAAGGCCCUUCCCCGCCAGAGCACACCCGAUUAUCUGACCGGCUGCACGGACUCGAAUGAACGCCAGUUCGCUCCUGGUCGCUCCGAGCGCGAUACACCAUCGACGCCCGAAGCUCUCGAGAGCGCGUUCACAACCUCUCGCUUGCACGAUGGUAUGAUGGACACGCUGCAGAAAUAUAAGGGCAAGAUGGAGACCGAGAAGAGGGACCAGGAGAUUUUCCGUGCCGCUGUGCUGGACGAUAAGAAGCGCGGUGUGUCGAAGAAGAGUCCAUAUACCAUCGGCUUUUCGGGACAGGUUAAGUCUCUGACGAUUCGGCAGUUCCGUGUGCGUCUCCAGGAUCGAUUCCAGCUGUAUACUAGCUUCGGCAUGUCGACUAUUCUUGCUUUGAUCAUCGGUGGCGGCUUCUUCGAUCUACCCACCACUGCAGCUGGAGGUUUCACUCGUGGUGGUGUCAUCUUUUCGGGCAUGUUGACGAUCUGCUUGGAUGCCUUCGGUGAAAUGCCCACGCAAAUGGUCGGGCGCCCGGUGGUUAAGAAGCAGACAGAAUACGGGCUAUUCCGUCCCUCUGCCGUUGUAAUGGGGAACAUUUUCGCUGAUCUUCCGUUCUCCGCAAGUCGGGUGUUCAUCUUCAACGUUAUCAUCUACUUUAUGUCUGGUCUCUCCCGUACCGCGGGCGGGUUCUGGACGUUCCACCUGUUCGUCUACAUGGCAUAUCUCAUCAUGCAGGGCUUCUUCCGUACCUUCGGUCUCCUCUGUGCCAACUUCGACAGUGCCUUCCGUCUCGCGACGUUCUUCGUUCCGAACAUCAUUGUAUAUGCCGGCUAUAUGAUUCCGACAUUCAACAUGAAACGAUGGUUGUUCUGGAUCUACUACAUCAACCCGGUGUCUUAUGCUUUCGGUGGCGCAAUGGAAAAUGAAUUCAUGAGGAUCGAUAUGACAUGCGAUGGCAGCUACGUCGUGCCCCGCAAUGGCCCAGGCGUCACCAAGUAUCCCGAUACUGUCGGUCCUAACCAGGCCUGCACUCUCUACGGUUCAACCCCUGGAAGCAACAUCGUCAACGGCGCCUCGUAUCUUGAAGCUGGUUAUGCUCUGAAUGUUGCCGACCUGUGGCGCCGCAACUUUGUCGUACUCUUCGCUUUCUUGAUCUUCUUCCAGCUCACGCAGAUUGUUGCAAUCGAGUACCUCCAACCGAAGUUACCGAGCAGUUCUGCCAACAUUUAUGCGAAGGAGAACAGUGAUACGAAAAGGCGCAACGAGAUCCUACGCGAGCACAAGGCCGAGCGCGUUCGCCACAGGCAUGAGAAGAAGGAAGAAGACGAUGUACUCCGCGAAGAGCAAUCGUUCGAAGAUCGUAAGACCUUCACCUGGGAGAACCUCAACUAUCACGUUCCUGUCCCAGGCGGUCAGCGUAGGCUGCUGCACGACGUCUGUGGAUAUGUCAAACCUGGUACACUAACUGCUCUCAUGGGUGCAUCGGGUGCCGGCAAGACAACUUGCUUGGAUGUGUUAGCUCAGCGUAAGAACAUCGGUAUUAUUACUGGCGAUGUCUUGGUUGAAGGGCGCCCCUUGGGUUCUGAUUUUGCUCGCGGAACUGCUUAUGCUGAGCAGAUGGAUGUUCAUGAGGGCACCGCGACGGUUCGUGAAGCCAUGCGCUUCUCUGCUUACCUGCGUCAGCCCGCCGAAAUCCCCAUCGAGGAGAAGGACCAGUAUGUCGAAGAGAUGAUCGAGCUGCUUGAGCUCCAGGACCUAUCCGAGGCUCUCGUUUUCUCUCUCAAUGUUGAAGCCCGCAAACGCCUGACGAUCGGUGUCGAGCUUGCCUCCAAACCCGCCUUGUUGUUGUUCUUGGACGAGCCUACUUCCGGUUUGGAUGCUCAGUCUGCCUGGAACUUGGUGCGCUUCCUCCGCAAGCUCGCUGAGCAGGGCCAGGCCAUCCUUUGCACGAUCCAUCAGCCGUCCAGUCUUCUUUUCGAGAGCUUCGACCGCCUCCUCCUGCUCGAGUCGGGCGGUGAGACCGUCUACUUUGGUGAUAUUGGCAAGGACGCGCAGACUAUUCGGGAGUACUUCGCACGCAACGGCGCUCAGUGCCCUUCCAACGUUAACAUGGCCGAGUACAUGCUGGAUGCUAUCGGUGCCGGACUAGCACCCCGUGUUGGACCUCGCGAUUGGAAGGACAUCUGGCUCGAUUCGCCUGAGUAUGCAGAGACCAAGGCUGAGCUCAAGCGCAUACAAGAGCAUGCUUUGGCCAAGCCGCCUCCUCAGCAAGGGAAGAAGGCGACAUACGCCACUUCGUUCUUGUACCAGCUCAAGGUCGUUGCGCAGCGCAACAAUGUCGCUCUCUGGCGUUCUCCCGACUAUGUGUUCAGUCGCCUCUUCGUCCAUGCGUUCAUCUCGCUCUUUGUCUCGCUGUCAUUCCUUCAGCUUGGAAACAGUGUUCGUGACCUGCAGUACCGUGUCUUUGGAAUCUUCUGGCUUGUCGUCUUGCCCGCUAUCGUCAUGACUCAGCUCGAGCCUCUGUUCAUUUUCAACAGACGGGUCUUCAUUCGCGAGGCGUCGAGUCGUAUCUACUCGCCUUAUGUCUUCGCCAUUGCCCAGCUCGCUGGCGAGAUCCCGUACUCCAUACUCUGCGCUGUCGUGUACUGGGUUCUCAUGGUGUACCCCAUGGGCUUUGGCAAGGGCUCUGCGGGUCUCAAUGGUACUGGCUUCCAGCUUCUCGUUGUCAUCUUCAUGGAGCUCUUUGGCGUGACCAUUGGUCAGCUCAUCGGUGCCCUCUCGCCCAGUGUCCAGAUCGCUGUGUUGUUCAACCCCUUCGUCGGCGUGGUGUUCUCCAUGUUCUGCGGUGUUACCAUUCCCUACCCCACCUUGAUUCCUUUCUGGAAGGACUGGUUAUACGAGCUUGUGCCAUAUACGCGCACCGUGGCUGCAAUGAUUGCUACCGAGCUUCAUGGUCUCGUCAUUCGCUGCAAUCCCGACGAAUAUGCCAUCUUUAGUCCUCCAAGCGGCCAGACGUGCUAUGCUUGGGCUGACGACUUCGUAAAUGCGUUUGGCGGGUAUCUCAACAACCCCAAUGCUACCGAUGCAUGCCAGUAUUGCCAGUACUCUGUUGGAGACCAGUUCUUCUUACCCCUGAACAUCUCGUUUGACAAUCGUUGGCGAGAUGUAUGGAUAAUAUUUGCCUACUUCAUCUUCAACUUCAUAGUCACAACACUUGCAUCACGCUUCCUUCGCUAUGCUAAGCGGUGA